AUGAGAGGACCUUUGGGAGCAGUGAUUGGAAGAUAUACUUCAAGUGAUGGGAGUGCUCCAAAUGAUGGGAUCAUCAAGCACAACAGAAAGUGCAGAGAUAUUACGUUUCUCGUCAUCUUCAUUGCCUUUUGGGUUUCAAUGAUUGUUAAUUCCAGCUUCGGUUUCAACCAAGGAAACCCAUUAAGGUAA